AUGGUGCAGUGCGAUACAUGCCAGUUGUGGGCACACUAUUGUUGCGCCGGGGUGACAUCUAAUAUUGAACACGAAGAUUGGAAUUGUGUUAAGUGUUCCAACCAGUUGCGCUUACCGAAAAAUGCUACGAAGUCCACGAAAAAAUCCGGUGGAUCGAAAAAGACGGGAGCCAAAAGUGAAGUGGGAUCUAUCCGUAGCUCAGUAUCGGUGCUCGAAUCAUCAUUUCAACAGUUGGAGGAAGAGCAAGACGCAAUGGAGAAAGGUUUAGAAGCGGAUCGCUUGAUUCGAGAGAAACGUUUGGAAAUGAGCCGUGCAAUUCAAGAGAAACGAAUGCGACAAGAGAAAGAGUUUCGUGAAAGGGAGCUUCAGCAGGAGCGUGAGCUCAGGGCAAAGAAAUUAGCACAAGAGCAAGAAAUGUUAGAAAAACGUCUGAAGGAGGAAUCCGAGUUUUUGAAAAAACAGCAAGCUUUACGUGAGAUGUUUCAUGCGAAGAUGGAUUUACUUAAAAACACCGCGAAUGAAAACACGUCUGGUCGAAAUGAGGAUACGGGCAAUGAUGCCGAUCCAUCGAAAGGAAAAGUUCAAAAUUGGUUGAAUUCAAACGAUCUACAAGGGACGAGUUUACGAUCGUUAGUAGGAGAACAUAGUAAAGUGAAUGAAAAACAAAAGGAAAAGAACAGGGAGUUGCUGCAAGAGACAACGUCACGGAAAUUUAGCACAGAAAACGAUGCAGUCACAAGUGAAGAUGGGGAUAGCGAGGACGGUGAUGCUUUUAAUGAAAAGAUGAAAGGGAUUGCAGAGCUACUAAAACGUCACGGACCGGGGAAAGGUCAUGGUUUGGGGCGAGGCCACGUGGGACCUACGAAAGAACAAUUGGCUGCCCGGCAGGCAGUAUCAAAACAUUUACCGAUAUUUAAGGGAGAGCCAGAAAUUUGGCCAUUAUUUUACAGUAGUUACGAAUAUACUACGAAGGCUUGCGGAUUUACUAAUUUAGACAAUCUGAAACGGUUACAGGAUAGCUUGCAAGGCGAAGCAUUAGAGGCUGUGCGUAGUAGACUAGUACUACCAGAGUCAGUGCCCGAUGUGAUGAAAGAUUUAAAGGACUUGUUUGGUAAACCAGAAAAACUUUUGAAAACUCUGCUUCAAAAGGUACGCUGCGCACAACCGCCGAGGUACGAUCGACUGAAUACGUUUAUUCACUUCGGAAUCACAGUUAAACAACUAUGCGAUCAUAUGGAGGCGGCGCGAAUGGAAGAGCACCUGAACAACCCAAUGCUCGUUCAAGAGCUUGUGGACAAACUGCCACCUAGCUAUAAAAUAGACUGGGUACGUUUCAGGCGAAAUACGGAAGGCAAGCCUCUUCGCGUUUUUACUGAUUUCAUGAACGGUAUAGUUUCGGACGUUUCCGAAGUAAGCGAACUACCCACACUUGAUAUGGGAGAUCGAGCCGGUAGAGGAAGUUAUAAAAAAAAGGAGUUUGUGCACGUACAUGCGUCGUCUAGCAAAAAUUUACCACCAGUAACAGCGUGUUGGUUGUGCAAGAAAGCAGACCAUAAAAUAAAAUUUUGCGAAAAAUUCAAACGUUUCAACAUUUCAGAACGGUUCAAAGUCGUUAACAAAUACAAGCUCUGCCAUCAAUGUCUGAACAAUCACGGUAAAAGUCGAUGCAACUCAAAGUUCAGAUGUACAGUGGGUAAUUGCCAACAAACUCACCACCCGUUAUUGCACCGAACGUUAGAGAUGGUACAAGUCAUGAAAGCGGAAAAUGUAAACCGGGAAAACUGUUCCGUCCUAUUCAGAAUGCUACCAGUAACAUUAUACGCCGGUAAUUCCAGCAUGAAUGUAAUUGCAUUUUUUGAUGAAGGAUCAUCGGUUACGCUUCUCCAGAAUGUGGUAGUAGAUAGGCUUCAUUUAACUGGCGAAAAGGAACCGUUGGUGGUGACCUGGACAGGGAACGUGAGACGGUAUGAGGACCAGUCGAGAAAAGUUAACCUAAUGAUUUCAGCAAGAGAUUGUAGCGGUAGAAUGGCGGUGCACAACGCUCGUACAGUUAAAGAACUCUUGCUGAUCAUGAUGAUAGGUCUUGAUAACAUUCAUGUAUUUGCACCGCUAGAAUCUAGAAUCGGCAAACCUGGGGAACCAGUUGGAGUAAGAUGCGCACUAGGAUGGACUGUUUAUGGACCGCAACCAGAAAGAUGCACAAGCCAGGCUUACGUGAAUGUACACGAAGAAACCCCAGUUAGCAAUCAGGACAUUUACGACAUGCUGAAGGGCCAGUAUAGUUUAGAGGAAGCCGGUAUUGCUAUCGAAGUACCUGAAUCAAAUGAAGAAGCACGAGCACGACGAAUUUUAAAAACAACAACAGUAAGGAUAGGAAAUCGGUUCGAGACGGGGCUAUUGUGGCGGAAUGACGUGCGUAAAUUCCCAGAUAGCUUCCCGAUGGCUAUCAAGCGGAUGGAGGCGCUGGAAAGGAAACUGUCCAAAAAUCCUGGACUCAAACAAAAUGUUGAUCGACAGAUUGAUGAGUAUGUUGCUAAAGGAUAUGCACACAAAAUUACAGCUGAAGAGCAGCAAAAUUCGGAUGCGGCUUCGGUAUGGUAUCUUCCUUUAAAUGUGGUAUUGAAUCCACGAAAACCAGAAAAAAUUCGUCUGGUCUGGGACGCAGCAGCAUCGGUCAACGGUAUAUCACUUAACUCCGAGCUUCUAGCAGGCCCUGAUAUGCUGACGAGCCUUCCAGCAGUGAUCCAACGGUUCAGGGAAAAACGAUUCGGUUUUGGCGGUGACAUCAAGGAGAUGUAUCACCAGUUGCGUAUCAGACCUGAAGACAAGCAGGCGCAGCGUUUUUUAUAUCGUAAGGAGAAGGGACCAAUACAGAUAUUCGUCAUGGACGUGGCCACCUUCGGCUCGACCUGUUCCCCUUGUUCAGCGCAAUUUAUAAAAAAUCUAAACGCUGAAGAACACUCCGCGCUCUAUCCAGACGCAGCAGCAGCAAUCGUUAACAAACACUAUGUUGACGAUUACCUCGACAGCGCCGAUAGCGCUGUAGAGGCAAUAGAACGUGCGAGACAAGUAAAAUUGAUCCAUGCAAGAGGGGGAUUCGAGAUAGGGAAAUGGGUCUCGAAUUCAGAGGAAUUUUUACGAGCGUUGGGUGAGCAGAACGAUGAUCAGGCAGUACAUCUCCAUCAAGACAAAAUGACACAAAAGGAACGAGUGCUCGGAAUUAUUUGGGACUCUAAAGAAGACGUGUUCUCGUUUUCUGCAACCCCUAGAGCGGACCUAGGACAGAUGUUUUCCAGUGGAGAUCGCCCAACGAAGAGAUCCGUUCUCAGUUGUGUUAUGUCAAUGUUUGACCCACUGGGUCUUCUUUGCCCAUUUACGAUAAUUGGAAGAAUCCUCGUACAGGAUCUGUGGAGAGCGGGUUGUGAGUGGGAUGAGUUGAUUGACGACGAAGCCUAUAGUAAGUGGAAGCAAUGGAUUGGGUUACUACCAGAGAUUCACGUAAUGUGUUGUCUUGGAUCAAGUCAGACCAACGACGUUAUCGACAAUUCGUUGGCUUCCGUAUCGGGGAAAUCCUUAGCCUCACUAAUGGAUCAGAGUGGCGUUGGGUGCCGUCAAAGUUAA